GCUUGUCACUCGCGAGCGUGUUGCCGGUGCGGCAACAUCGAGUGCGUCCUCCUUUGACCUGGCCGCGCUUACGAUCCCCGAGUUUGUUCCACUCGAGAGAAUUGCUGGGAACCACCACGAACUAUUACAAUAUAUACGAGGGACAUGAGGAAGAACAAUUAGUUCCUAUAAAUUUUUAUCCGCGAAGAUCCAAGAGUGGUAAAGAUCUAAAGUGGUGGAGAACGAAUUAUCAAUCAGUGAUCGUAGUUAACGAAAGAAAAGUGCACGUGAGCGUCACAUUGUGCGCAGAGCAUGUUCUAAGAAUUAUCACUUUUUGUUUUGUCGUAUCAUUUUUUUCUUCAUUUCGGUGAAACAAAGAGACCGAGAAUGGCAAACGAGACGUUGGCGCGCGAAGUGGACGCGCACAUUGUGACUAUUCUAUCGAGGCUAUCGGCCUUCCGAGAGAACAAUGCCGAUGUGACUGACAGAAAGGCACCCAUGUCCGUCGAGGCACGCAGUUUAGAGCUAUGGCGAGCGGUGGCCAUCGAAUGCUUAGCCACAUUCCUCUUCAGCCUCAUAGUGGCUGGUGCGGCCGCCGCCUCCGCUGUAUCCGGAAGCGGCCUCUCUGCGUUAGCCACCGCUGUAGCUUCCGGUUUCGCUAUCGCUGCGAUCUCCCUCAUCUUCAGCCACAUAAGCGGUGGACACGUGAAUCCAGCGGUUUCGGUAUCGUUUGCUUUGUGCAGACGGAUUUCCCCACUUCGUGCUGUACUGUACGUGGCGGCACAAUGCGGUGGCGGCAUAGCUGGGGCGGCGAUGCUUUAUGGAGUAACUACACCUUCGAGCACGCAGACUCUGACGUCCCCUGGUCGAUUAGGAGGUCCAGUCGAGAGGCUUCUAAUCGAAGUAGCACUAUCAGUAUUUAUUGUGCUAGCGCAUUUCACUGUAGACUCACCUAGAUCACUGCCACCUACGAUUUCUUCGAAAGCUUCCGCAGUUUUGGCUGCAGCCUAUACAGCAGCUACUCUCGUUUUUAGUCCUUUCCUGAAUCCAGCCCGCGCGUUGGGUCCGGCGUUCGUGAUGAAUCGCUGGGACAAUCACUGGGUGUACUGGGUUGGCCCGCUGUCGGGAGGUGCUAUAGCAGCUCUGCUGCACGAAUACGUCCUGAGUUCCAGGAAGACGAAGGACUCGCGCGAUUUAGAUGACGGCGACAAUUCGUCCAUGAGAUCCGACGAAGACACGUACGACGAUCUGGAUAAACCAAACGGGCCCAAGUUCCCCAGCGCGUACGCAACUUAUCGUCCAGUCGCCGGCGCAUCCUCGUCGAUCUACAGUGCACCGCCAUCCGCGUUGGAGCGUGUCGAGUCGAUUUAUGGUGGUACCAAGUCGCUCUACUGCAAAUCACCGCCGUUGACACGCGCUAAUCUGAACCGUUCACAAAGCGUUUACGCGAAAUCGACGUCGGGGCCGCGGGAUGGUUUGAUGAUCCCGAAACCGGGCCCACUGGUGCCAGCACAGAGUCUGUAUCCAAUCAGAUUAGGUCAGAAUAGCUGUCAAAACGGUAAUCGUGAGAUCCAGUCCGGACAGCCACUCGGCGGUCCACCGAGCCAAUCGGCACAGAAUCACAACAGCACCAAUCAGAACAUGCAGAAUCAACUGCAACAAUGCACGCAGAGCAUCUACGGCAUCCGCGGGAUCUCCACGGGUCUCAGCACUCGGGAGAACGGUAUUUAUGGAGUUUCUACCGGAUCCACCAUCUACGGUCGUGCACCCGCACCACCGCCUAGCAGCCAAAAUUCGCAGCAGUCCGGGCAGAGUGGCCAGUCCUCGAUACAAAAUCAUCCACCACCGCAGCCUCCAUCGCAGCAGCAGCAGCAGCAGCAGCAGCAGCAGCAGCAGCAACUUCAGAACGGACCAUUAUCGAGCAAUUCGGAUAAUGGGGCCCCCAGGCGGCCCGAGAGCAUGUAUGGCCAUGUGUCGAGACGCAGUGAUGAUUCCGCGUAUGGUAGUUACCAGAGUUCCACGCGAGGAAAUUACGGCAAGGUACCUGGACCUCCGGGCCCACCCAAUGGACCUCCACAAUACCGCGAUCAGGGAAGACCGAGUACAGCCGGGCCUCUUCAGCAAAGUCAAAGCGUGCAGAGUAACUUCCAAAGAAACUCGCCGAACCCUCAAUAUUAAUUAACUAUGAACCGAACAGAUUACCAUGGUUCAUGCGAUCAGCAAAUCAUUUUACCUUUGUACGCUGUCAAAACAGCUUUUUAAUGAAUGUUUUAGGAAUCUCGUGGUCCAGUAAGAAUUUCCUUUUCUUUAAAUAUGAUUGACUUGGAAUAAAGUUCGUCCUAUUUCUAAGAUACUUUACAUCCGCAAUGGCAAAUUCUAUGAAAUCCAACUUUGUGUCUGAGAAUUUUGUUUCGUUCGGUGAAAUGUGAAAAUAAUAUGAUUAUAUAAUAUGAUGGACCAAUAUUAUUAUUAUUAGUCGUAUUAAUAAAUCUUGGAACUUGUAAAUAUGUGUCACAGUAACGUAUACACUGUGUGUUUCCGCACGAUAUGCAUGUUGAAAGGAAAAGAGUCAUACGGUUUGAUCGAGGAACUUUCUUAUGUUUUAUAAUGUCAGAUUAGGUACGUAGCUAUUGUAUAACGAAAGUAAAUAAAACUUGGAAGAAACGAAAUUAAGAAAUAUACA